UCACUCUUGCUCUUGUCCUGUUUCCUGUCCACCGAGUGGCGGCUCGAGGCACGCGCGCGCGCGCCCCCGCUCUCCCUCACUCCACCUGCCACGCAGAGUUCGUCCGCGCUCACUCUUUCUUUAAAAUAAAAACUCUCCGGACCGGAAGCCGAGUAGAAACACAACCACGUAUGGUUGAAAAGACGAUUUAUUUGUUGUUUGUUUGGUUGUUUUUUUUUUUUUUUUUUUCUUUGGCGUGAAAAGUGUUCACGAAGGAGCAGAUGAAACCCCCGACUUCUUCAUUCGACUUAUUCUCAUGGACAGGAGUGUGCGCUGGAGCAAAGUGGAUUUAAUACACCUCGGCACUUCUUCGUUAAUGAAAAUUACGCCAUAAAGGGCCUCGUCUUGGCCUCUGACCUUCACAGCUGAUGGAAGUCUUGGAGAAGGAUGCAUACAAUGAAAGUGACUUCAAAAAUGACUUUAGUGGCCUCAAUACUACGGACGGAGACAGAAGGCAUCAGUACAAUUAUUACGCCAUGCUGCUCACACUGCUCAUUUUCGUCAUCAUCUUUGGAAACGUACUCGUGUGCAUGGCUGUUUCCAGAGAGAAAGCUCUACAGACCACGACCAACUACCUGAUCGUGAGCUUAGCUGUCGCUGACCUGCUGGUGGCGACUCUGGUUAUGCCUUGGGUGGUAUAUCUCCAGGUGGUAGGAGAAUGGAGAUUCAGCACAAUCCACUGUGACAUCUUUAUCACUCUUGAUGUUAUGAUGUGCACAGCAAGCAUCCUUAACCUUUGCGCCAUUAGCAUUGAUAGGUAUACAGCAGUUGCGAUGCCAAUGUUGUAUAAUACACGCUACAGCUCCAAGAGGAGAGUCACCGUCAUGAUCUCAGUGGUGUGGAUCCUGUCCUUUGCCAUUUCAUGCCCCCUGCUGUUUGGACUCAAUAACACAGAGAGCCACGGUGAUGCCCUGUGUGUAAUCGCGAACCCUGCCUUUGUAGUCUACUCUUCUGUUGUGUCCUUCUACGUACCCUUCAUCAUCACACUGCUUGUGUACGUGCAGAUCUACGUAGUGCUGCGUAGACGGAGGAAACGCGUCUGCACAAAGCGAACAUACCCAAGCAGCAACAUGGACACGGGCACUUUAAAGAAAUGCACUCACCCUGAUGAUGUGAAGCUGUGCACUGUCGCUCUGAAGUCCAAUGGGAAUUUCCCAGUUAAUAACAAAAAUAUUUUUCUAAAGGAGGUGGCCAACAAUGAAAAUGAAAGCCAAAUGGGGAUAAUCACAAACCCUAAUCCUCCAAACCAGAGAACACUUGAGCAGGCAGGUGAGAGUCAGCAUGGGCUUCUGCUUGGUACAAACCACACUGAAAUAGACACAGCACCCUCCGCUCCUGAGCUCAAGCCAGCAAGGAACGGAAAGUCCUAUGAUGCCUCCAAAUUGGCUAAAGCAUUCGAGACUCAGGUGUCUCCCAGUGGCAAAAUGCAGACGUCCGUGAAGUCCAUCAGCAAGCGCAAAAUCUCUCAGCAGAAAGAGAAGAAAGCCACUCAGAUGUUGGCUAUUGUGCUCGGUGUAUUUAUUAUAUGCUGGCUGCCGUUCUUCAUCACACACAUAGUGAACACUUACUGUAACGUCCCAGCAGAACUCUACACAGCUUUCACCUGGCUUGGCUACGUCAACAGCGCCGUGAACCCCAUCAUUUACACCACCUUCAAUAUCGAAUUCCGCAAGGCUUUCAUUAAGAUCCUGCACUGCUGAGACUCUGACUUGUCCCUGAGCAAUGAAAAACACCUCUCGUCCACAUUGCUGCCUGCAUAUAGCUCAUUCCUGAAGACUGUUUUCAGAGUGAAACUCGAAAUGAAGGAGAUUACCGGGAAUGACGCGAAUGUACAUAUGAAGCUAAGUAUGUAUUAAUUAAAACAAAGAACUUUCCCAGUGUCAUCUCAUGCAACAAAAAGACAUUCCUGGACAAUUGUGACCAAAGUGUAUAAGCUUUUAGUAUAAUAUGACAGUAUUAGUUUUGUUUACUAAUUAAAAAAUAUGAAUUCAACAUCAUUUAGAUUAUAAAAUUGCAGUCGUCAUAGUGGUAGUAACAGCGGUGUAAUAUUUAAAACAUUUUAAUCAUGCAAGUGUUGAUGCUCAGCACACAACAAACGACAUACAUGUAACACGCACAAGAACAAAUAUUCAUUAUGAUGUACACAGCAGGGCUGUGCGAUCGGUCUGAGCUAUCACUAUCGAGAUGCAUUCAAUCAUAGCAACGCGAUGAUUGACGAUGUGGACUUAAGGGUCAAACUGAUCCCAUGAGAAAAUUUGACACAGUACAAUUUGGUUGGAGUUCAGUUUCAUGUAAACGAAAAAUUAGAAGAACUACAAAUUUAUUAUAAAGGUACUACAAAUUGUAGCUGUUUGUCUAAAUUUGGUGUUCAGAGUGCACCACUUGGAGCCAAUGAAAUGACUGUGCAAUUAUGAUGCAAGCGAUUGUUUUAAUUAACUACUGUAAUUGGCUGUUCACGCUUUUUUUAAAAAAACUUCCAUUCAGUGUGAGACGCCUGCUUCGAGCAUGUUAUGUUUACAUGUUGUACUAUGGCAAAAGCAGAUACACUUAUCGUUUUCAACAAAUGACCAAUUAUUCAAAUGUAUAAAUCUAAUAAAUGAAUAUGGUUAAAAAACAACCUUAUAAAA